AUGUCUUCAUUCGACAGCUCGACUCCGAACCGAACACCACAGCCUUGCACCCUUGUGCGGAACGUCCACAUUCCGGACUCAGACGCCGAGGAGAUGGACUUGGCCAGCCAGCCUUGGGCGCUGGCUAUAGUGAUCGAAGACGACGAUCUGAUGUUUGGGGGCAAGCCGCUAUGCGCAUGGUACGAAGAGGACAAGAGGAUGUUGAGCACCUGCAUUGCGGAGGAGGAGAACAGGGGCCGGCAACGCCAGCGAGUCUGCGUCGAGAACCACCGUAGCCACAAGGAUCAGCAUCAACGGCAAACCCCAAAACCAGCAUCAACACACGCAUCAUCGGAAUCACGGCAAUAA